AUGCACGCCAUGAGUGAUCCAGCUGCUUUGGCAGGCAUGUUGCCUUUCGAUUCCAUUGGACUGUACGAACAGCCUAAACCAAGGUUCAUCUUUAAAAUGCCACGGGUAGUUCCUGAUCAAAAAGCCAAAUUUGAAUCCGACGAUCUCUUUAAAAGACUGAGCAGAGAAAGUGAGGUGAGGUACACAGGGUACCGCGACAGGCCUCCGGAGGAACGCCAGAUGCGGUUCCAAAGCGGUUGCCGCGAAGGACACACAGAGAUCGCGUUCACCGCCACUGGCACCAACUUACAGCUGGUGUUCGACCACUCGCCCUACAACAACCGAGGCUGCGACUUCCAAAAAGAGAGCGGCAAGGCCCACAUCGUAUCCCGAUUCAUUAUGAAUGGCGUGUGCGUGAGGUGGCGAGGCUGGAUUGAUUUGGAGCGACUCGAUGGAGUAGGCUGUUUGGAAUUGACGAGGAACGAGCAGCCAUUGAGGACGCUGCAUUGCGUGAUCAAAUUGAGAGGUACAAUCAGAGGCUGCGGGAUUUUGAAGAUAAGCAGCGUGCAUACCGCGAGCACGGGGAGGAGUUACGAGCGCACUCGCACGUGCACCAGCGCUGCCACCAGCCGCGCCAGGCGCCGCACGCCGCGCAUCCAGCUCACCCGCACCCGCCGCACCCGGUACACAUCAAACCUCACUCACAGGGCGCUCUCAUUUCAUAAAUUACAUGAUCUGCAAUACUUCAUAACAAUAAGUAUAUCUUAUAAGUACCAUAAAAGUAUCGUAAAAACAUCAGGAAGACGGUAA